AUGGGGCUGUUUGAUCGAGGUGUUCAAAUGCUUUUAACCACCGUUGGUGCUUUCGCUGCCUUCAGCUUGAUGACCAUCGCUGUGGGAACCGACUAUUGGCUGUACUCCAGAGGGGUUUGCAAGACCAAAAGUGUCAGUGAGAAUGAAACCAGCAAAAAGAACGAGGAAGUUAUGACCCAUUCCGGAUUAUGGAGAACCUGCUGCCUCGAAGGGAACUUCAAAGGUCUGUGCAAGCAAAUCGACCACUUUCCGGAAGACGCAGACUACGAAGCUGACACCGCAGAGUAUUUCCUCCGGGCCGUGAGGGCCUCGAGUAUCUUCCCAAUCCUGAGUGUGAUCUUGCUCUUCAUGGGUGGCCUCUGCAUCGCGGCAAGCGAGUUUUACAAGACACGCCACAACAUCAUCCUGAGCGCGGGCAUCUUCUUCGUGUCUGCAGGUCUAAGUAAUAUCAUCGGGAUUAUCGUGUAUAUAUCAGCCAAUGCCGGAGACCCCUCCAAGAGUGACUCCAAAAAGAACAGCUACUCCUACGGCUGGUCCUUCUACUUCGGGGCCCUGUCCUUCAUCAUCGCCGAGAUGGUCGGGGUGCUGGCCGUGCACAUGUUUAUAGACCGCCACAAACAGCUGCGGGCCACGGCCCGCGCCACCGACUACCUCCAGGCCUCCGCCAUCACCCGCAUCCCCAGCUACCGCUACCGCUACCAGCGCCGCAGCCGCUCCAGCUCGCGCUCCACCGAGCCCUCUCACUCCAGGGACGCCUCGCCCGUGGGCGUGAAGGGCUUCAACACCCUGCCGUCCACGGAGAUCUCCAUGUACACCCUCAGUAGGGACCCCCUGAAGGCUGCCACCACGCCCACCGCCACCUACAACUCGGACAGGGAUAACAGCUUUCUCCAGGUCCACAACUGUAUCCAGAAGGACAGCAAGGACUCUCUCCACGCCAACACAGCCAACCGCCGGACCACGCCCGUAUGA